AGAAACCAAACAUGUGCUGUCUCUUUCAGAAGCAGACAGCUUGCAUAUAAUAAACUACUAUCAAUUCACAGAUUUUAUUAUAACCAGUAUUUGAGUCAAAACCAACUUAUGGUUGAUAAUUUAUGUAUUAACGUGUAAUUAAUUUGUAGUGUUGUAGAACAUCUUCUCUAAAAUUCCUUUAAAAUUACACGUUCAAAAGUUUGGGAUCAGUAAGAUUAUGUUUUUUAAUGAAUCUCUUAUGCUCAUCAAGAUACAGGAAAAUAGAUCAUAUAAUACAUAUGUAUCCUUGCUGAAUGACAGUAAAGAUUCAUUUAAAAAAAAAAAUAAUAAUAAUAAUAAUAAAUUUACCAACCCCAAAAUUUUGAAUAGUACUUUAUAUUGUAACACAACAUUUUUAUUUUAAAUAAACAAUGUUCUUUGUAACUUUUUAUUCAUCAAAGAUUCCUUGAAAAAGUUUCACAGGUCCCAACAAAUAUUUUACAAAAUGUAUUCAACAGAAAAUACGUAAUUGCUUUUUGCUUGGCUUUGCUUCUUGUCUAGCAGCUGUAGACUUGUGCCAUGUCUCUCCUGUAUAUAUCGGUGACUUGUACUAUGUCUCUCCUGUAUAUAUCGGUGACUUGUGUCAUGUCUCUACUGUAUAUAUCGGAGACUCGUGUCAUGUCUCUCCUGUAUAUAUCGGUGACUUGUACUAUGUCUCUCCUGUAUAUAUCGGUGACUUGUGUCAUGUCUCUCCUGUAUAUAUCGGUGACUCGUGUCAUGUCUCUCCUGUAUAUAUCGGACACUCGUGUCAUGUCUCUCCUGUAUAUAUCGGUGACUCGUGUCAUGUCUCUCCUGUAUAUAUCGGUGACUUGUACUAUGUCUCUCCUGUAUAUAUCGGUGACUUGUACUAUGUCUCUCCUGUAUAUAUCGGUGACUUGUGUCAUGUCUCUCCUGUAUAUAUCGGUGACUCGUGUCAUGUCUCUCCUGUAUAUAUCGGUGACUCGUGUCAUGUCUCUCCUGUAUAUAUCGGUGACUCGUGUCAUGUCUCUCCUGUAUAUAUCGGUGACUCGUGUCAUGUCUCUCCUAUAUAUAUCGGUGACUCGUGUCAUGUCUCUCCUAUAUAUAUCGGUGACUCGUGUCAUGUCUCUCCUGUAUAUAUCGGUGACACGAGAUAUAUCGGUGACUCGUGUCAUGUCUCUCCUGUAUAUAUCGGUGACUCGUGUCAUGUCUCUCCUGUAUAUAUCGGUGACUCGUGUCAUGUCUCUCCUGUAUAUAUCGGAGAAUCGUGUCAUGUCUCUCCUGUAUAUAUCGGAGAAUCGUGUCAUGUCUCUCCUGUAUAUAUCGGUGACUCGUGUCAUGUCUCUUCUGUAUAUAUCGGUGACUCGUGUCAUGUCUCUCCUGUAUAUAUCGAUGACUCGUGUCAUGUCUCUCCUGUAUAUAUCGGUGACUCGUGUCAUAUUUGUCCUGUAUAUAUCAGUGACUUGUGUUUUGGUCCCAGGUCCUCUGGAGGUGCUGCUCCGCGCUCUGGACACUCGGGGUUUACCACAGACAGAGUCCCAGAGCAAUCCGGAUCUUUUGUAG